AUGCGGCUUUCAAUAGCAGCAUUUCACUUCCUCGUUGCAGCCAGUUGUUUACAGACCCACGUUCUGUCGUGGGACCAACAACCUGAUGGCUACGAAGUGAUUGACGGCCCUAACAACUCGGAAGCAUUGUCUUCAUGGCGUCAAGACUGGACCAUCUGGAAGAAAAUGGAGCUGAGCAGCAACCGGUAUAACCCAUCGGAUGCGUGCAACGUUUACAACAUCCUGGAAACGCAAUGGACGCAGCGGAACUUCGUGCAAACUUUUGUCAUGCUGAAUGAUCGAGCAAUCUACGAUCGAGAGACGCAACAGUACACGGUGGACAAGUACGUGGACGAGAUGGAACAACGUGUGGGCCCUAUUGACAGUGUCUUGAUCUGGUCCGCAUACCCGAACAUUGGGAUCGACAAUCGAAACCAAUUUGAUCUCUUACGAGACCUUCCUAAUGGACUUGAGGGAGUGAAAAAGGUCGUCGCGGAUUUCCAUCGUCGGGAUAUUCGGGUCAUCAUUCCAUACAAUCCGUGGGAUAUUGGCACUCGAGAUGAAUCGGGUCUGGAGGAUACAGUGCGGAUGUACACGGCCGACAUUACCUCACUAACAGAGAUCGUGUCGGAGCUUCAAGCUGACGGGUUCAAUGGGGAUACCAUGUACGGCGUGCCAAAAUCCUUUUUCAACUGCAGUAAACCACUGGUUGCAAGUCCAGAAGGUGGGGUGCCGACAGCAUACCUGAGCCAUAACCCAUUGAGUUGGGGAUACUUCGGGGGCUACUCGCACUUUCCGCCGGUCGCUCGGGCCAAGUUCCUUGACUCGAGACACAUGGUGCAAAUUUGUGCACGAUGGUCGCUGGAUCGGCUUACGGAACUGCAGACAGCGUUUUUCAAUGGGGCAGGGUACGUCGUGUGGGAAAAUGUGUGGGGCAUCUGGAACGCAAUGAAUGAACGUGAAGAUGAGACUGCCAAGCGAAUGUUCGCUAUUUUACGCAAGUUCGGACACGUUGUAUCGACUGGAGUGUGGACUCCAUACUACGCAAUGAAAGAUGACGGACUGUUUGCAAGUGCUUUCGAUGUCCAAGAGAAUGGGGAAUCCCUCUACACAGUGAUCAGUACAGUGCCUGAAGACAGGACAUUCGAGUUGCCACUCACCAAAGAACAGUCUGAAGAUGGUGUUCGUGUGUAUGACGUCUAUCACGGUGUAGAAUUACAAAAGCAGCCAAGUGGCGUGAAUGGAUCGGUCGUGACGGUAACGUUAGAGCCCCGGGCGUUUGGUGCAAUCUACAUUACAAGGGCUACCGACGACAUGACUCAAUUUUGUAGUGAGAUGCAAGCUAUGACCACCAAAGCACUUGCAGACUACUCUUCGACGCGAAAUCUGCUUCAACAGCAACUCAUUCGUAGCGACCAUGCGGAAGCAGAAGCUGAGUCGAGUGUUGAUGGAAUGGUGCGUGUGUCUGGGAUGGACAAUUGGUGGUUUAACGUCAGCGGUGUACAGAUUGAACCCGUGUUAGCUUGGACGCCGAACUCGGAUCAGUUUGGCACAGGAGUGCAGUUUCCAUGGGAAAACCGUCCCUGGAACAACCACUCGACGAGAUUGUCCAUUCAAGACUUUUUCCUUGACGUCCAUCCUGUGACCAACGCUCAUUUCCGGACAUUCCUCCAGUCAAGUGGCUAUCGUCCCAAGUCAAUGGAGCGCUUCUUGUUGCACUGGGAAAAUCGUCAAGGGCCUUUAGCAUCAUGGAGUAUUCCGCCUGCAUUGGAGCAAAGCCCUGUCGUCAAUGUUGCCCACGAGGAUGCUGAAGCUUAUGCAAAGUUCUACGGGAAGCGGCUUCCGCACGAUUGGGAGUGGCAGUACGUUGCUUCGAACGGAGAAAACUACGAUGCCUACCCAUGGGGGCCCGAGAUGGACCUCAACAAAGUGCCAAGGGUUUUUCAUGGGAAAGAAUUGCCUGCACUGAGUCCCGUUGGCUCGUAUGCGAACUCUCGCUCGACGAAGUUCCAAGUGGAAGAUCUCGUCGGGUACGUGUGGCAGAUGACGGAUCACUUUUGCGACUCGCACACAUGUGGACUUCUCCUCCGAGGAGGCAGCAGCUACCACCCGAUAUCAGCGACGCAUAGUGACCCGAAUUGGUACUUUCCCCCAGACGCUCGAUGCCCAGCACCACAACCGCUUUCUCAUGAUCAGCGAAGGGUACGAUCGCUCUCCAAUGGUGGGUUUUCGUUGUGCGAAGAGCAUUGCUCCAUCUCGAGCCAUGAAUUGACCGAUGAGAACGUUUCGGAUACACGAAGAAGAAGAAGAAAAAAAACAGGUCUUCCACACCUGAUGACUGUGUACGAACAGCUCAAGCUAUAG